CGCGAUCCGGAGGUCGCAUUCUAGCAACAAUUACUUCCGACCAGAGAGCUUCAUGUAUUCACACGUUAGCGGAUCUUCUAAUCUCAAAGCAGAGUGAAAUACUGGACGCUAAUCAGAAAGAUUUACAAGAAGCUACUAAAUCGGGACUGGCAAAGUCUUUGUUAUCCAGAUUGUCAUUAACACCUUCCAAACUCAAAGGCCUUGCCGUUGGUCUCCAUCAAAUAGCUAAUUCAAGUCACAAAAAUGUUGGCAGGGUUCUAAAGAGAACCAAAUUAUCUGAUGGUUUAGAAUUAAAGCAAAUCACCGUGCCAAUUGGUGUCCUUUUGGUUAUAUUUGAAUCUAGGCCGGAUUCGUUGCCGCAAGUAGCAGCUUUAGCAAUCGCUUCUGGUAAUGGACUUUUGCUCAAAGGCGGUAAAGAAGCUUUUUACAGUAAUAAGGCCCUCAUGGAACUUGUUGAUGAAUCGUUAACGACUAUUGGUGCUAAGAACGCUAUUUCCUUGGUAUCUACUAGAGAAGAAAUCGGAGAUUUGCUCUCAAUGGAACAACACAUCGAUCUUAUAAUACCACGUGGUUCAAGUGAUCUAGUUCGCACAAUUCAAACCCAGUCUCAACAUAUACCUGUACUUGGACACGCUGAAGGAAUAUGUCAUGUGUAUGUAGAUAAAGACGCAGAUCUGCAGAAAGCUUUAAAAAUCGUCCGAGAUUCAAAAUGCGAUUAUCCAGCGGCGUGCAACGCUAUGGAAACACUUCUAAUUCACGAGGAACUCAUGGAUGGGCCGUUUUUCUCUGAAAUAUGUAAUAUGCUGAAGAAAGAAGGUGUUGUCAUCAACGCAGGCCCGCUACUACAUCAGCUAUUAACGUUUGGGCCACCAUUAGCUAAAACAAUGAAAUAUGAGUAUGGUUCUUUGGAGUGUUGUAUCGAAGUGGUUAAAAAUAUCGAUGAAGCUAUUAAACACAUUCAUACCUACGGAAGUAGCCAUACAGAUGUCAUCGUCACAGAAAACAGUGAAAGAGCAGAAACAUUCCAAAGAAAAGUGGACAGCGCGUGCGUUUUCCACAACGCGAGCUCGAGAUUUGCAGACGGUUUUAGAUUUGGAUUAGGUGCGGAAGUAGGGAUUAGUACAUCUAGAAUACAUGCUCGUGGCCCUGUGGGUGUAGAAGGGCUUUUGACUACAAAAUGGAUAUUAAAUGGUGUAGAUCACGCCGCGGCCGAUUUUUCUGAAGGAGGUGGACGAACCUGGAUUCACGAAUCUCAACCUGUAGAUGACUAAUAUUUAAGUAACGAAAAUCUAAAUUCUAGAGUUAUUAAAUAUUGCCAUCUCUUUUUAGCGACGUAAUAUAUUUUACAAGAUUGAAUUCUAAAUUAAUUCAUAUUGCUAUAAUCAUAUACUAGUUCUAUUAUUGUUUCCUUUCAGUAAAAUAAAUUUUUUACUGAAAUUUCGUCAAAAAUUAUAAGAAUUGUUAAAUUUUACAUUAGACCAUAUUUAUACCUCAAAAGCGUCACAUGAUUGUAAAUAAUUUUUGGAUUUAUAAGAAUUAUACUCACCUCUUUGAUUACCUACUUGUUUUAUGAUUUAGGUAAUAAAGAAUGUCCCAAAAUUCACGCAAGAAGUAAUAGAUAGAAAAUACAUUAAAAAUUAUAAUUUUUUAGUGAUUCAUAAAGUGUAUAGUGUAGGGUUAGGUUAUAUAUAGAAUAGCAUAUCGGGUAAACGACCUUUGCGGAUUUGCUGGCACAUACGCACUCUUUUGUCGAAAUUUUCCAUGACUGUUUUCGCGCUCAAUUUUCUCCUUCAAAUCGUGGGUGGUCCUGAACUUGUUGGCAUAAACCUUAAACAUCAUAAAAACCCAACGAAAACCAUAAUUUACAUCUAUUUCCUGCAACUUAGGCACAAAAAACUGGAUUAUCAUGUCGCAUUUUUGAAAAAGAAUGAUCCGAUGAUGCCUUCAAUCGAAUAUCCGCACCCAACAGCGACAUGACGUGAUUGCAUUAGUUUCUCAUCAAUCGCUAGUGGAUUAUCUAAACCCCAAAUGCGACAAUUUUGUCUAAGAUGAUUUUGUUACUUGUUCCAUAAUCUAUUCAACGAGCUCUCUUCACUCUGCAUGGUCAGCAAGCUUCAGUUAUUGAGUCAACUGAUCUUUGUAAGCGUGAAGAUGCAAAUCUUUCAUGAGAAUACGCUGUAGAGAGCUUCUCCAAAUGUCCAAUAAUUGACCACAAUGCAGAAUCGAUAAUCCUGGACUCUCAGCAACAUUCUCACGAACUGCUUCGAUGUUUUGUGUUGAAUGAGUUGUUGAAGGACGGUCAGAGUGUUUAAUAUCACUAAUUGAUCCAGUGUUCCCGAUUUUUUCAGUUAAUCUCUUCACAGUUGAUGAAAUUAAAUCACUAUUCCGACCAUACUUUUUUCGAAAUUUGGGAACUGUAGCUGCCAAACCCCCAUUAUUUUAAUGAAACGCGUUGUUGUUUCGUGUAGCGCACAAAUGGCGCUAAAUUCAAAUCUUGCGUGAAUUUUGGCACACCCAUAAUUUAUGUAAUUUAGUUAUAGGACUGGUUGUCUGAAGUUACUUAUUUGUGGUACAGUUUUAGUCUUUUUUUUUUCAUUUAAUGGGUUCUUUUCCGCCUGCGAAAAAUAUUUAAAAAACGAAUAAAAAAAUAAACCCUUGAUCCAAAAGGAUCAGUCGAAAGUUAUUUUAAUAAAAUUAGUAUUGCAUAAACAAAAUCUAGCAGUGAUGAAAGCAGCUCAAGGAACAGAAUACCCAUUCCUAUAUAUCGUACACUUUAAAAAGUUAUUUACGUCUCGAAAAUAAUCAGUGUUUUCGUCUUUUGAACUGAUAAUAACUUUUUGUUUUUGAAUAGUUUUAUAUUUAAAAACGAAAAAUUACUAUCAGUUCGGAAGACGAAAACAGACUGAUUAUUUUCGAGGCGUAAAUAACUAUGAAAUGUUUGAGAGAUAGUGAUGAGUAGUUUGUUAUUUUGUACGUGUCUAUUUUUUUUUUGUUAGGCAAAUCUUCUAAAUAAAGAAAAAAGGACCAGUUGUUGACGAAUUAUUAUUUUUUUAAUUUUACUAUUAAUUUUAUACACCAUUGGUCUUUGUCUCCUUCAGGUCCUCCUUUCCCUUAUUCACUCACUUUUCCCAGCGGUGUUUGAAAUUGCGUAAAGUCUGUAAGGAAUUUGCUUUGAUGUCAUGAAUAGUCUUGGAAACGGCGUCCUUUCAGCACUAAUGUUAAUUCCGGAAAUAAGACAAAGUCACAAGGAGCCUAGUCUGGCGAGUAAGGAGGGUGAGGCAGGACAGUAAUCUGAUUUUUGCCACAAAACUGACAAAUUGACAAAGCUGAGUGUGCGGGCAUCUUGUCAUGGUGCAAGAAUCGAGAACCAUGAGUUGUCUUGCCACAACACUGUUCUCUUUUUGCGGAUUCUCUCACGUAACUGUUGUAAAACGGAUUGAUAGUUCGCUCUUUCACCUUGAGGCAAGAAUUCAAAAUGCACAAUUCCAUUAUAAAGUCAAAAAAACAGUGAGCAUCACUUUGACAAUGGAUCGAGACUGAUGUGCUUUCCUGUUUCGGUUAUUUUCUGAACAGACAUAGCACGUGGUAGCUUCUUUCGGCAUCAUCUUUUUUGGGAGGUUUGAUUAGUCAAUUCCAAACUGAUUUUUUCCGUUUUUUUUUUGAGAAGCUGAACCAAGCUUAACUUUUCAGUGUGUUUUAUUGUCUGCCUAUUUUCAAUAUUUUCAAUAAAGUAGAAAAUACAAA